AUACCCUUAGCUGCGCCAUGGAGCCGGCAGUCUGUUGAUUGUAACCCAUUCAGAAUGUUCAGAGCGCAUCAGAAUCUAUCCAUUCAGCUGUUGAUUUUUCUCUCCUUGGCGGUUGCCAUUUGCUCGGCACUGCCAAACGCCACUAGCUGCGGGUAUCGUUGCGGUGGAGGCGACUGUAUCCAACAGGACCAGUUAUGUGACGGCACGGCCAACUGCCUGGAUGGCUCCGAUGAGACGGCCGCCAUGUGUGAGAAGGUCUGGUGUCCGGGAUAUGCCUUCCGCUGCAGCUACGGAGCGUGCAUAGCCAGCACAGCGGUUUGCGAUGGCGUCCAGGACUGCGUGGAUGGAUCGGAUGAGCAGGGCUGGCUGUGCCGCGCCCAGAUGCAACAGGCUAACUGCGACAACUGGGAGAUGUACUGCUCCUCUGGCCAAUGCAUGCCCUACUCCAAGUUGUGCGAUGGCAUCCGCGAUUGCCGGGAUGGCGAUGAUGAGCUGGAGUCCCUUUGCGAGGGCGUUGUUAUACCAACGACUACGGUCAGUUCAACGACAAGAACUUCCACGGAGAGUAGUAUUCAUAGGAUAACUCCCACUGCUGCUAUGACACGGAAGCCACUGCAACCAAAUCCCAUUCAGGAGAACAUGGAGUGUGUGGUUCCACAACUGCCUAACGUGAUAGUUAGGCAUUUCACGCAGGCAAUUCUCACUGCAGGAUCAAGAGUAGCCAAUGGCACCCGUAUCUACUACGACUGCCCGGCGGAGCACACGCUUAAAGGGGACAACCAGAACGUUUGCCAGGACGCAUUGUGGGCUAGGAGGUUUCCCUACUGUGAAACACCCCAAGCGUAUAUUUUUAGCUUGGCGAUAGUAAUAUUCUGCUUCCUAAUCGUGGUAUUGGUGUUCCUAAUUUGGCGUGUUCGUCGGGAAAAUGGCACAAGAAGGCAACGUGAGGAGCACAUUUGGCUGGUGGAGACCAGCAGUAAUCUUCCCAAGCCAACUGGUAUAGCAAAGGUCUAGGGAUAUACAUAUAUAUGUUCACAAAGCCAAAAUUGUGAUCACUUGUUUACCAACUUAGUUGUUGAUAAAAAGCACUGUUAAUUUUAAAAUCUCUGGGCUUAUGUUAAGCAAAUAAUGUAAUUAAAAGUUAUCCUU